AGCCAUACAAUCCAAUUUCAUGUGGGGAGAUCGUAUUGCGAAAGUGUUGAAAGAAGCUCAAUAUCCUGAAACUUGGCCAUAUACAGCACAAGACUUUUCCCGAUUAGAUGAGAGUAGUGACUUAUUAUUCUAUUCUCAUCCAAGGCUGGUUUAUCAUAUCGACGACUUUGCUGUUAGAGCACUCACCAAGUUCUAUCGACAACACUUUAUUCCCAAUGCUGAUAUCUUAGACGUUUGUUCUAGUUGGGUUUCUCAUUAUCCUGAUGAUUACAAAGCUAGAUGGGUUGCCGGAAUAGGAUUGAACGAAUUGGAGUUGUCAAAGAAUCCCAGACUCGAUACCUAUGACGUCAUUGACUUGCAAGAGAAUCCAACCUUUCCAUAUCCAAAUGAGAGAUUCGAUAUCGUGACUAUGGUAGUUAGUGUAGACUAUUUGACUAAACCUUUGCAAGUAUUUCGAGAAAUAGGAAGAGUCCUUCGUUCAAAGGGAACGGCCUAUAUUAGUUUCAGUAAUCGUUGUUUUCCUACAAAAGCAGUUUCCGUGUGGUUAUCUGCUAGUAAUGAUUGGCAACGCGUAUACAUAGUCGGAAGUUUCUUUCAUUAUACUGAAAUGUUUGAUACUCCAACAGCUUAUGACUUGAGUCCGAAUUGGGGUAUUACAGAUCCUCUUUAUAUGGUCACUGCAAAUAAACUGUAGAAAAGUCCCAUUUGUAUUGUCGAAAUAUUAUUAAGAAGCUGUUAUCUCUUUGCCCUU